UCACUUUUUUUUUUUUUUUUUCUCUCUUUUCCUUAUAUAUAUUUCUCCAUUCACACAAGAAACAGAGAGUCCUAAUAUUUUUACUCAACAGUCGAACGCACCAUUAAUUUAAAAAUGGUGGCUUCUUGUUUGAGUUCUGGUUUUCUCUUGAUUUUAUCUUUAUUUGCUGUACUCGUUUCUGGGUCUCAAAGAACUUUACCUAUUAUAUCAUUUGAUGAAGGGUACACUCAUCUUUUUGGGGAUGAUAAUUUGGUUAUUCAUAAAGAUGGCAAGAGAGUCCAUUUAUUACUGGAUGAAAGGACAGGGUCUGGAUUCGUUUCUCAGGACCUAUACUUACAUGGCUACUUCAGUGCUUCUAUCAAAUUGCCUGCAGAUUAUACUGCUGGAGUUGUGGUUGCCUUUUACAUGUCAAAUGGUGAUAUAUUUGAAAAGAACCAUGAUGAGAUUGAUUUUGAGUUCUUGGGUAAUAUAAGAGGCAAGGAUUGGAGAAUACAAACAAAUAUUUAUGGCAAUGGUAGCACAAGCGUUGGAAGAGAAGAAAGAUACAACCUUUGGUUUGAUCCUUCUGAUGAUUUCCAUCAGUACAGUAUUUUGUGGACUGAUUCACAGAUCAUAUUUUAUGUGGACAAUGUUACCAUUAGAGAGGUGAAAAGAACAGAGUCUAUGGGGGGUGAUUUCCCUUCCAAGCCGAUGUCCUUGUAUGCAACAAUAUGGGAUGGGUCUGAUUGGGCUACCAAUGGAGGAAAAUACAGAGUAAAUUACAAAUAUGCCCCUUAUGUAACGGAAUUCUCCGACUUUGUCCUACAUGGAUGUGCUGUUGAUCCAAUUGAGCAGAUAUCAAAAUGUGACACUCUACAGAAUUCUCAAGCAGUCCCUACUGGCGUCACUCGCUUGCAAAGAAUUCAAAUGAAUAGCUUUAGGAGAAAGUUCAUGACAUAUUCAUACUGCUAUGAUAAAGCUCGUUACAAGAUUCCUCCAUCAGAGUGUGUCAUUAAUCCCCGUGAAGCUGAACGACUGAAAUCAUUUGAUCCAGUUACAUUCGGUGGAGGCCGACGUCAUCGUGGGAAACGCCAUCAACGUAGCUGAUCAAGCAACGCCGAGGCCUUGCCCAUUCAAGGAAGUCCAACACCUGCAUCAUUGAUAAUGGGGGAUCAUUGGUAUUUUAUUAAAAAAUAUGCUAUGAUUUUAAUUGGGUUAAGUUAUUUUUUGUGAAUAUUGAGAAAAAGCAUAGAUUUUUAUUUUGGGGGAGGUGGUAGGGAAGUUGAUCAUAUGGUUGAGGAUGGGUGGGGUGGGUUGGGUAUGUGUAUAGUUCACACCUUUAGCUUCCAGUUGUUUCAUUUGAUCAUUGAUGUUGUCUUUUGGCUUUACAAAUUGAAAUUGGUGAUGAUUUUCUGUACUUUUGAGGGUUUAAUAAAUAAUACUAGCAUAUGCAAUUUGGUGGGGUUUUUACUCUA